AUGUCCACCUACUUAUUCCACGUUCUAAUAUCAUCGAUCUCUUUUCUCGUAACUCUAACUUUUCUUUCUUCCACUAAGAUCCAUUGUUCCCCUUUGACUACAAUAGAAAACGAAAGACAAGUGAGCAUCGAGGACAGCGUGAUCUCCUCUCAAAUAGUUUUCCGAGGAAGCACCUUUGUGGUCGACGAGCCCGAAGAGCGAGGAAUGAAUACUAACACGGCCACGGCCUACUUUUUCUUGAAGAAUUCUUAUAAGGGUGGAGCCGCCAUUAACGAUUUGGUGGCUAACAAUUUUGGGAGGAUAAAUGUGAGUUUUCCCGUCUCCGGACCACUUUCCCAGUACAAAGAGGACCUUGAGACGACCCCCAAGGAGUACAUAAUUUUUUGUAAUUUAAUAGAAGGAGAAAUUAGAGGAGUCGCUGCAGUGAAAUGGAGUGAGAAUAACGACUUCAGGGUUUGGAAAAUACUGGGUUGGGGAGAAUGGAGUGAUUGGUCAUCCUGUAGUGUUUCUUGUUCUGGUGGAAUUCAACAACGGGUUCGGCACUGUAAAGGACUCAAAUGUCAUGGUUUCAACGUCGAGCAACGUCACUGCAACUUAUUUAGUUGCGAGGACAUCAUCAACCCCUUGGCUAUCGAAGGUCAUAAAUCCUUCCACCCGGGGGUGGAUAAAUGGGAAAGGGUGCCAGACCGGCCGUCUGCUUGGCGUUUGCGACCCAAUUCUUAUAUUUGGCUGCCUUCCAAGGAGCUUUUCCAUUUCCAACAAGAAAACAACCUUUUUCCCAAAGAGUUUUCUGUGUUUUUGACUUUCAGGUUGACUAAUUCAACAAUGGGCACAAUCUUCAGCAUAAGAUCCCGCAGUCGUCAGGACACCUAUUUAUCACUGGAAGUGACGUCUAGGACUCCUACACCGACGCUUUCGACGCUCAAAGUGAUCCACGCUUCUACGGCCAACGGUACAGAUGUGGUUAGAAUUCCUGCGCGCCUGGAUGACGGUCAUUGGCACCAACUUGCUAUCAGUUUUAGAAAUAACAACGUCAUAGAAAUCUAUGUGGACUGCAUAUGGUCGACGACUGAAAUUUUGCGACCUGAAUCCUUAGAGAUACCAGAUGAUUCUGAUCUUAUAAUAGGAUACCUAUUUACGGGUGAUUUGGAACAAUUCUCUCUCAUUCCACAUCCAAAAAUGGCCAGUCAGCAAUGUGAAGAUAUUCGUGUUCCUAUAACGGAUUACCAAGAAAUAGUCAAUAGAUUUAAAAUAAAACAGAAAACUGAUUAA